CCCCCUUACAAAACAGAAAAAGAGGGGUGAUCCCCCUGCUACAGCCUCUCCCAGCGUUAGCGCUCCCCAACAUGCGCGAUCCAGCCAGAAGAGCAGCGCGCACACGCGUCUAAAUCCUGCUGGAGGAACCUGGACUUCCAGGACAAGAGAAGGAGAAGAUUGGGGCUCCACACUGCCAGAUCCAGCUUUGUAACACGAUUCUGAGGGGUCCCAGGCGUCUACCAGCCCGGAUACACACUGUUGUGAACGACUUCUGGAGGCAGGGAUCCACUUGGAGGAGGAGGGAUCUGGAGAGAGCCAGCGCUUGGUGGAGUUGUUGGGUUUGAAGGACAAGGCUGACUUGGGAGAUCAGAGGGAAAUAGAUCGGCAGGAAGGACGGUGUGAGAUCAGCCCAGGAUGGAUGAGCAAGGCAGGCUGCUCCAGGGCAGGGGGGUUGGCAUUCCGGGGCACCCAAUUCAUGGGGUGCCCCAGACCCACACCCCCCACCCCAUGCAUGAUGCCAAUGCAGACAAUGGGGAACCCAGGAAGCAAGACAUUGGCGAUAUUUUGCAACAGAUCAUGACCAUUACAGACCAGAGCCUGGAUGAAGCUCAAGCAAAGAAGCACGCCUUAAACUGUCACAGAAUGAAACCAGCUCUCUUCAGUGUUCUCUGUGAGAUUAAAGAGAAGACAGGGCUAAGUAUUCGAAACUCUCAGGAGGAGGAACCCGUGGACCCUCAGUUGAUGCGUUUAGACAACAUGCUACUUGCGGAAGGUGUGGCGGGCCCAGAAAAGGGUGGAGGAUCGGCGGCAGCAGCCGCGGCAGCCGCAGCCUCCGGCGGUGUCUCUCCCGACAACUCCAUAGAACACUCGGACUACAGGAACAAGCUAUCCCAAAUCCGACAGAUAUAUCAUGCCGAGCUGGAGAAGUAUGAGCAGGCAUGCAACGAAUUCACUACACACGUCAUGAACUUGCUGAGGGAACAGAGCCGAACACGACCCAUCUCCCCGAAGGAGAUUGAGAGGAUGGUGGGAAUUAUUCACCGAAAGUUCAGCUCGAUCCAGAUGCAGCUAAAGCAAAGCACGUGUGAAGCAGUCAUGAUCCUCCGGUCAAGGUUCUUGGAUGCACGGCGGAAGCGAAGAAACUUCAGUAAACAGGCCACAGAAGUCUUGAAUGAAUACUUCUACUCACACCUAAGUAACCCUUACCCUAGUGAAGAGGCAAAAGAGGAGCUUGCAAAGAAAUGCGGCAUCACUGUUUCACAGGUGUCCAAUUGGUUUGGGAAUAAAAGAAUUAGGUACAAGAAGAACAUUGGAAAAUUCCAAGAGGAGGCAAAUAUUUAUGCAGUGAAGACAGCAGUCAGUGCAUCCCAGGGAGGUCACAGUGGAGCCAACUCUCCAACCACCCCAACCUCUGCAGGUUCUGGUGGCUCAUUCAACCUGUCUGGAUCUAAUGACAUGUUCAUGGCGAUGCAGGGCUUAAACGGGGAUUCUUAUCCCCCUUCACAGGUCAGUUUUAGUAUUUUCUUACAGGUGGAGUCCUUGCGUCACACGAUGGGUCCUGGUUACAAUGACAGUUUAUCAGCAAAUCAGAUGUACAGUCCUCGGGAGAUCCGGGCCAACGGAGGGUGGCAAGAGGCAGUGACUCCCUCUUCUGUCACUUCCCCAACAGAAGGACCAGGCAGUGUACAUUCUGACACCUCUAACUGAGCACUCUCCUCCUCUCUGGGUUUCUCCUCUCUCACCCCUCCGGCGAGCUAUGGUCUCUCCUUGAACUGAACUUGGGUCAACAUAGGACAAGAGAAUGUUGGGAUUUUCCCCCUUCACUUCUCGUUCAACCCAUGCUUCCUCUUACCUCUCUCUUCAAGUGAGCCUCAAUACUAUGAAACUGAUCCAAGACAACAAUGGCUUUGAAACCUCCAGAGGUUAUAUUCUGUAAAUUGAGUGCCGAUAAAGGAAAGGCAACCUUUUAAAGAAAAAAAAAAAAACCUUUGUCUUGGUACUUGUACCCAAAGAGUAACUACACAUCCUGUUGGCUGUUCUAAACAUGACAAGUUGGAGUAACUUUAGAUGGUCACUCUAGAAAAGAACAUUUUGCGUGUAUUCAGAAGAAAGGGGAAAUUCAAAUCUCUCCCAGCCUGUUUUCCAAAAAACACCCUCCAUGUGUACAGUCCAGUGGAGGAAUAUGAAUGUAUCACAUCAUCCGCUGUACCAGGGUGACCGUGACAAAGAUAAAUGAGAACAUAAAAGGUGACAAUGAAACCCAAAUACAGAGUAAAUAGGAGAGAGAGGAGUCGCCGGCAGAGGAGAAAUUAAGAGUGGAUUUAUGGAUAAACAUAAAACAGGUUACAUAAGGUGGAGAUCCUAAGAGGCAAAAAGGAUGACAAUUGACAUUGAGGGAAGGAGAGGGGGGGGGGGUGUGGAAAA